AUAAAAUGGAAAUGCGUCUUCCCGCGACUGUGGAUCAACUUCCAGUGUUGUACCUUGUUGACUGGCUGCAGUCUACAUCGAAUACCGGACGGGUCUCCGAUAUCAAAAAGAAGGAUUGGAUGUUGGAAGACCUACCCAUCUGUCAAUUGGAGCGGCUGCUUGGCAUGGAGAAGUACGUUGCGUAUAUAUUCGAGAGGUUCUGGUUAUAUGUUGAGAUCUAUAUUCCCUCGUGUGAGGAGGUCUCGACCAUCGAGUGCAUGGGUUUAUCUAGGGACGGCCCGCUGUUCACCUGUAUUGAGCAACUUCUUGCUCGCAUGAAGUUCUACGACGAGAUCCCAGACUCCAAAGUCCUCGACGUAUAUAUGAGGCUGCACGCCAAGUAUGGUACCUUCAUUCACAAGGCUGUGGGGAAAGAGGCAGGAAACGCUACGCAGGUGUGA